AUGCUGAGGUCGCGCACUUUGGGGAACAGUGCGUCACAGACCUACAGCAAGCUGUGUGAAAGUCACAGCGAGUCCUGGAUGCGGUGUUGUAUACGGUACCUCGGGGAGUGCAAGCAGUUUCUGGCCUUGGGCAUUGGGCGGCAGUUCACUGAUCCACCGGAGAUGCCCCCGGUGCCCUCACCCGUCUUGCUUCUGACAGUCUACAACCAUGACGUGCUAUCGCGGCUGGACGAGGUGAAGGCCAGGGUCACCUCCGUCUUUGGGACCAUCUUAAAGAUGGACUCUACCAAGAAGGUGACUAAAAAGCUUGCGGGUACCGCUGCAGACACGGCCGCCUGGGUUACCAACGUCGGUAACGAGCAUGGGCAGGUCCUCGUCAGUGUCCUCACUGCCGCUGAGGGCGAGGGCCUACUCCCCAUGGCGGCUGGUCUCAUGGAACGGUACCGGCUGGCCGGGGUGGCGCCCCCCCAGCUCAUGUACGUGGACCGAGACUGCUGCUCCAGCUUCGGCGGAUCAAAGACAGCUGCCAUGUUCAAUGACUGGGACCAGCUGGUGGUUCGGCUGGACAUCUGGCACCUGAUGGGGCGGUUCGCGUCAGGCGUCACCACUGAGAGCCACCAGCUCUACGGUCCCUUCAUGCGGCAGCUGUCAGCCUGCAUCUUUGAGUGGGAUGCAGGCGAUGUCCGCCGACUGCUGAAGGCCAAGAGGUCUGAGAUGGAGAGGAAGCACGGGAUGGUCGGCCUCACCGAGGCAGAGCGAGAAGGGGUUGACACCCUGGGCAUCCCGUUGCUGGACUCCAUCCGCAUUCAGGCGAUCUGGAAAGAGCAGAGGCGCCACCUCCACUGCAUACAGGACCCACCCGGUGUACAGCUGUACACCGAGACCGGCAAAAUCACCAAGGGCGGCGUGAUGUUGCCGGUUUAUCGCUGCGCACGGGGCUCCACAUCCUUGGAGUCAUUCCACCUCCACCUCAACCGGUUCAUCCCAGGUACCAGGGCAAAUGCAAUGCAUUUCCAGGCAUUCCUGUUGGAUGGACUGGUGAGGUGGAACGAGGACCGUGCGCGGGCAGCAGUGGAGGGAAAGAACAGGAAGCCCCUGCUCUCCUACAGUGGCCACCUGCAGCACAUCCUUAACCUUAACAGCCAAAUUGUGCUUGGCAAGGAACAGGUUAAGGACUACUCCAAGCCUAGCGAGUACACAGGGGAACUCCUCGGAGUGGAGUACCUGUACUCGCAGACUGGCAGAGUGCUGCAGGAUGUCAGCGCGGACCCUGACCUUCCGGAAGAGGCAGCCGCCGUCGAGCAGCUCGACGAGGAGGACGAGGGCUUUCAGGAGGAGGAUGUGGACCCGACAGUCCACAUCCCCCAUGUCCCUCCUAUGAGCGCCCCGUCCUCCAGCUCAGCGGCACCUCUGUCAGGGGAACCUGCUGACGCACCCAGGUCUGGGCCAUCCAGUCCCACCGCCCCUGAAGACGGAAGCUCUCCUGAGGCCCCUGGUCGACACAGUUCUCCUCACCCUGACCACUCCUCUGAUUCAGAGGAGGAGACUAAAGGUCCUGAUGCAAUGCCAGGCGACCAGCAUGUCCGCAGGCUUGCCAGGGCCUUGGUGGGGGUGAGGAACCGUCAGGGGUUGUCGGACCGCAGGGUAGACGGUCUGGUGGCACUGUGGCUGGUGCUGCCAGACUUCGACAAACAGCGCUUGAUCUACCCUGCCCGACACCAGGAGAGGAUCGUUCAGGGGCGGUUCAAAACAACGAAGGGGAAGUCGUCCAUUAUCCUAGGAAAAGACUCUCUCCAACGACUCAACUCGGGCCCUGCAAAUUGGCCGGGCACCAGCCGUUUGGUGGAGGCCAUUUGCAGUCAGCUCUGUCAAAUCCAUCCCAGCGCCACGCAGUCUGCCGGUGUCAAGAAGAGCAGGUGGGCGCUCAUUCUGGCAGACUACGUGGGCAUCAGGGAGGCAGUGCUGAACAGCCCGAGGUUGAUGGCCCAGACCAACCUUCAGCUCUUUGAGCUGAAUCAAAGGACCAUUAGUCAGUGGUAUUCCCGGCGUCAGAAGGAGAGGGAGAGGAUGGUGCUGCAGCAGGGAAUGGGGCUCGCUGCUGCCCCCAGCGUCACCACCCAGCCCCUCCCUGCAGCCAAGCCCCUCCACUUCAAGCAGGAGGGAAUCAGGGCACCCUUCCCUUUCCCUACGUCACCCUCCCCCCCCCGGUCCCACGCCAAACCAUCCAGCAAGGAGAGCCCGCCCACGUGCCCAUUCUGCCAGCCCACCUGGAGCAACAACCCCCCGCACUUCCCGGCCCCUCCCCAGCCCAAGGACCACAGACGGGCUGCUCUUCACCUCCUCCAGUGUCAAGGACAACGGCUUGGAGGAGGAGGAAGAGGAUCGCGGCGGACACAGAGGAGGGGACAGCCGGGAAGAGAAGGCAACGUGAGCAUUACGUCUGCUCCAAAUGCGGAUUGCCGAAGCGACGGGAGACGGGCCACAGCCGCUUCGGCGGCGUGGCGUUCUGCUCUGUUGCUGCUGGGGGUAAGGACGUGGCCCAGUGGCUGGCGGAAAUGAAGGACGCUAAGGGGCGAGGUGAAGGACACUGAGCCACUGGCUGGGUGGUCGGACGUUUUUAUUUGUAAAUAGUUCACCGUUCCCCUCUACCUGGACCGAGACCUUGAGCGCGGUGUAGAGGCUUGUGUGUGUUGAUGACCCUCAGAGCUAUAUUGUCUGUAGUCUAUAAGACUACUGGUAGGGUAACCCAUGGCAGUUCUGAGGCGAGACACCAGACUAACAUCGGUCCGUUCCCAAACAAAAUCCUGUAAAAAAUAAAUAAGAGGAUAGACAUUACAAUAUACAAAUAUAAAUCAAACAUGAUUUAUCAACACAUCUUCAGGUGAAAACUCAACUUCUUGGUAGACUAGCUUACCUUUUGCAAACAUUUCUGUCCACAUUUCACUAUAGAGAUUGCUUACAUUUAUUUAAUGUUUAUUGGAUUUACAUUGCAAUAAUUAUCUUGCAUUUCAUCAUGUUUCCCUAUGUAUACUCUGGUUCAUCAUUAAAACUCCUAGACUGGG